GGCGGGCGAGUAUAGUACAAUCUGGCACCGAUCAUGAUCAUCAAUCUUGAAUACAUUGCCCAAGCAGCAGGAGCAUCGGCAGCAGCAGGAGGGGCUCUGGGGGGUUGGGGUGGGGGACGGGGGAGGGAGGGAGAGGGAGGGAGGGGAGGGGCAGCUGCACUGCACAAACUCCAACCAAAUGUCCACUAAGCAUCUCUCGUACUCCGUCCUCCUAUAUUCCCGUCGUCGUCGUCUCUUUUCCCCGCUCCGCUCCCUCAGCUCUCAUCUCUCUGCUCUGACGCGCAAUAGGAGCAUGAGGAAUCAUCUUCCACCUCCGAGCCGAACGAGUUGUGUUGUCGGGACGGGCCAGAUUUCUCACUUUGCUGCUGGAAUCUUUUCCACUGUGUCCCUCGCCCUCGCCCUCUCCCCCUCCCCCUUGCCUUCGGUUCGCUCCUUUGUGUAGCCGCAGCAGCAGCAGCUCCAGUUCCCCAGUGUGUGUCUUCCUCCUCUCCACUUUUCUAGACAUAUGUAGAAAAAACCGUACAUGCCCCCCCCCCCCCCCCCCCCACAGUGAGCGAGAGAGAGCGAGAGAGAGAACUGGAACUUCGCUUCUCUUCGACUACUAAAGAUCAGCAGCUCCUGGCUGGAUCUCUUCCACAGUUUCCCCCCGAUAUGUUCAGGCGGCCACGAGAGUCCGGGCGGCCAUGAGAGUUAACGCUUCAUCGCCUUCAAGAGCCAGCGGCGGCAGCAGCAGCAGCAGAAGAAGAAGCGAGCAUCAACAACACUCGGAGAACAUGUUUCGUGCUGGAAAUUGUGCUGUUUUCGUCAGUGUGGGUUUCGUCGAGUUCCCGCUGAGGGGUUGAUGUGCUUGCGCUUGUCGUUCCGCAGCCGAAGAGUCCAAGGAUUGACUCACUCACUGACUUGUCGACUUCACGGUGCACCGUGUCAUUGUUGACUUGUCUCGAUAAUUUCCGCGUGGCGCUGUGAUCUGACUGCUCGCUCAUACAACUCUUCCUCUCCCGCUUGCAUUCGGUUUCUGCCUCCUGCGAGCUGUGUCGAGGAGCUUGCAAUUGCCCGUCGAGCCCGUUUCAGCGUGAGGUGUGGUGAGGGUGCAUCUCGAAUCGAGAGCGCAGUGGAGUGGAAGCUGGUUGCUCGAGUCGGUGGCGUUGUGACAGGUGUGUGGGCAUGAAAGGGACCCCUAUCGCAGCUCGUUAUCUCCUCGAUCCCGAAGUCACUCACGAAUGGAAUCAACUGAGCAGUAGUCGGUGUAUGCGCGCCAAGUAUGCUUCGCAGACUUGCCUCUACUUGGAAGAUAAAGGUUGACCGAACCUCCGACCGGGGAGCUUGUGGAUCGAUUCACUGACUCAUCCUUUCAGCUGCAGCUGCAGGAAGGGCAGAAAAACAUUUUCUUCCGGAACUCAUCACAGGGCGCGCAUCGGGACCUUUCGGAAAGCGUCACUGCGACUACUGCACCGAGCGACCUCUGCUCCUGCUCGAUGAUCUGAGCUGAAUAUCAUCUGAACGCGAAUUGUGCCCAUCAAUUCAGUCAGUCUGCAUCGUCAUUGUUUUGCAGGCGGCAUCUUCAUCCUGCUUUUCUUUCCACCCUCGGCCCGCCCGAUCAUGCCGAGGCGCCACACUCCCACAAUUGGACUUCAUCUUUGAGUCUCGCCGAAUUUGUUCUCCGAGCUCGGUGGACCGCAUUGGUCUGCGGCUCUUGCCAAGGUUCAUCAUAUCGUGCACUGCUUCACGGUGGUGGCGCUUCAGCCACACACACGGAGCAGAUAGAGGGUUUCUCGGGUUGGUGUUGCCAGACUGGUUACAGACAGCGGCUUGGACACACAAACUCACAUUUUUGCCAGGACUCCACUCUUCUGAGAAGUGAAGUGAAGCGAGGUGGACGGCGAUCUCGUGUCGCGUGAGGGUGGAGGUUUCGAGGGAGCGAGUAACUUGGCAUGUGCGCGAAUUCGUUGAGCGAGGAGCGCAGGCGCGAGAGAGAGAGAGAGCGAGAGCGAGAGGGCAAGGGAGAGAGAGCGAGGAUGUUCGACAGGAGGGAAGAGCAUGUGUCGUUCACCUUCGAGGACAGGUACGAGGAGAAGCACCGGACGAGCAAGAGGCAAGAAUGCAGCAUGUGCGGCGACGUGGGAUUCCCGGAUCAGCUGCAGCAAUGCACUCGCUGCCACUUCCGUUUCCAGCACACAUACUGCUGCAACUCGAAGGAGGGGCUGGGCACGGGGGCGUGGAUGUGCGACUGGUGCCAGCUCGCCAAGGACGAGGAGGCCAGGAGCGAUCGCGCCGCCGCUGUGUCGUCGGGCGAGUCGGGCGCGCUGGAGUUUCUGCUCAAGGCAGCGCUGACGGAGGCCGGCGUCGUGGAGGCGGCGGUGGCGGGCGGCGGGCCGAUGCAGAGCUCGAGCGUGGAGGGCGGAGGAGGAGGAGGCGGCGGCUCCUUCUGCUCGUCGAGCAUCGAGAGCGUGAAGGGCGACGAGGUGAGCUUCGGCGAUGCGGGCGACGCCAGCUGCUCGACCCGCGAGCGCAUGUCGUCGGAGGGCGACGAGGCCACCACGACCUUCGCGUGCAGCGCGCUCGCGCUCGCGGACUCGGGCGGCUGCGAUCCCAAGCGAAACCCUAAGCUGCUGCGGUGCUCGUCCAAAAGCUCGCAGAAGCGCCGGCACCGCUCGCUGCUCGAGCAGCAAUGCGGCUCCGUGCAGCUCAAGCGCCUCUCGUCCCUCAAGGGCGCCAAGUCCGCCAUCGCCUGCGACCCUCCCAAGAGUUUCGUCCGCCGCUACAAAUCGCUGUCCGACAUCUCAUUCUAGCUCGAUCGAUCGCCAUCGCCGAACCAAGCCACCUUCUGGCCCUUCGGCUAAUCAAUCGACUGCGAGCGAGCGAGCGCGAGCAGCGGAUGCGUCCCAUGGUUUGGAUCGGAUCGAAUCGAAUCGAAUCGAAUCGAUCGACCGACCGACCGACUGGGCCGGGCUGGACCCGAAUUGAAUGGCAUGUCUGUCGGUGCGAGAGAGAGCAGCAUGUCUCGACGGUGGGUGGGCGGGGCACGAGGGUUUUGAUACGGCCAUCGAUGGAGUUCAUCGAUGAAGGUUCUGCAAAGCGAGCGAGCGAGCGCGCGGGCACGGCAAUGGCUGCGACGGGAAUGUCCGGCUCCACACUUUCUCGUGGAGCCGUGACGAGCGAGCACAAGACAACAUGCGCGCAUUUUUGAGAGGAGAUCUGUCCACAGCCGAUGAAUAUUUUAUAUAGAUAGAUAGAUCGAUCGAUAGAUAGAUAGAUAGAUUGAUAGGAGGUAUAUAGAGGAACGUGACGGGAGAGUUUCUAGCAAUGGACGGUCGGUCGGUCGGUCGGGAGUGUGUGUGAUACGUGUAGAAAUUUGUGCCUGGAGGCCGAGGAUUCUUCCGCUCGCUCCUUGUUCUAGCUGUAGAAUGUCGAUGAUGAAGAUGAAGAUGAUGAUGGUGGUGGAGGUGGAGGUUGCGCUCGGUCGCUCAAACCACAGCGAAGCUUUAGCAGCAGGCCUGAUUUUCGCUGUCGGGUCUCUCUCUCUCUCUCGGAUGUUCUGAGGGAGAGACCACGAUCGACAGCUUUGUGAUGCAGCAACACAUUUCACUGCGAAUAAAGCUCUUUUUCACCUUUUUCCUUCC